AUGCCUCCUGAAGAACCUGAGAAAGGAGACAAAGUAACAUGGAACUGGGGCGGCGGUCAACCCGGCGGCACUGUCGCUGAAACCAAAAAGGAGGGCGAGCUCGCCAUCACGUCCAAGCGCGGCAACAGGGUCAAGAAGAACGCUGACCCGAGUAACCCUGCGGUCCACGUCGAGCGAUCUGGCAACGACGUCGUGAAAAGGGCCUCCGAGCUCAAUAUCGAGGAGAAGGCCAACGGUAAUGCUGGCGCUAAUGACGCUGGUGACAAGGACGAGCCGAAAGAGACCGAGACUGAGGCUGAGACCAGGAAUGGCGAGAAAAGAAAGCACGACGAAGUAGAAAAAGACAAGCAAGCCGAGGCUGAAGAGAAGAAAGACGAACCCCUGGAAGAGAACGCCGAGGGUAAGACUGUCAAGGCUAAAGAGCCUGCUGCCAAGAAGCAAAAGAAGGAGCCGGCGAAGAAAGAGCCCGCGGCCGCUAAGGGGAAGAAGGGCGCCGCGGCAAAGAAGGCUGAAGAGAAAAAGGCUGAAGAGAAGGAGGAGGAAGAAGAGGCUGAAGAGAAGAAAGAGGAGGAAAAGGAAGAGGAGAAGCAGGAAGAGAAGAAGGGAGAAGCCAAACCAGCAGAGAAGAAGAAAGCCGGUCGACCCAAGGGUUCGGGAUCUGCUAAGAAACAGAAGAAAGAGCCUACACCGCGGUCAACUGAAGGUAUUGGGUCUAGAACAAGGAGUCGGGGCACUGCGUGA